GGAUAUGCGUUGGAAAAUCAUAUGCGUUUCAAAAAAGCCACCCAAUGCGACCAAAAUAACACCUCGUUUACCCAUCAUCCCCACAAAGUCCAUAUUCAACACCUUCAUCUUCAUUUUCAUUUUCAUUUUUCAAAUUCUUGUUUGAUUCGCAUUCCUACUUCCCCCAAAAUCUCAUUCUGUAUCGUCCUUCAUAUUCAAAUUUCGUACCUUAUCACCACUUGUAAACAAAUUCCUGAAACUUUAUUCAACCGCUAGCAGAUUGCUCUUUCACCAGUGAGCUUGCAGGCAAUUCAGUGGACUUGUUAAAAAGUUUACGGAGAUAUCGUCGGUGUUUUGCGGUUGCUUCUUUGAUUACUGUCUACUGACUAUUGGUUUAAAGUCUAAACACCAUCUUGAUUACAUAAUAUAAAAAUAACUUUGUCACAUAGAUAUUUUUAAUCUAUGGGUGACUGGGUGAUUGGAGCUUUCAUCAAUCUUUUUGGUAGCAUUGCGAUUAACUUUGGCACUAAUCUUCUUAAAUUGGGCCAUGACGAGAGAGGAAGGCAUUCGAUGCUAGGUGAAAGAAUAAAUGGAAAGACAAUAUUGAAGCCCAUUAUAAGCUUCCAGUCCUGGAGAAUUGGUAUUCUAUUUUUCGCUUUUGGAAACGCUCUUAACUUUAUUUCGUUCGGAUAUGCUGCUCAGUCACUUCUUGCAGCAUUGGGAUCUGUCCAGUUUGUGUCAAACAUAGUAUUUGCCUACUUUGUGCUCAACAAAACAGUGACUGUUAAAGUAAUAGUUGCUACAACUUUUAUCGUCGUUGGAAACACCUUCCUUGUUGCAUUUGGCAAUCACCAAUCACCUGUUUACACACAAGACCAGUUGGCAGAGAAGUACAGUAACAUUACCUUCCUUUUUUACUGUCUCCUUUUGGUGGCGGUGGUCGCCAUGCAUCACUAUGUAUACAGGAGGGGAGAAUUGCUGCUUGCUAUUUCAGGGAAAGAACUUAUGCGCUACUGGAAAUUAUUGCUUCCAUUCUCAUUCGCAGUAGUUUCAGGAGCCAUAGGAUCAUGUUCAGUUCUUUUCGCAAAGUCCCUUUCAAAUCUUUUGAGAUUGUCAAUGUCUAGUUCGUAUCGCCUGGAUAGCUGGUUCACGUAUUCAAUUCUUUUAAUGUUUCUAUGCACCGCUGGAUUUUGGAUGACAAGGUUGAAUGAAGGAUUAGCGCAAUUUGAUGCCAUACUUAUAGUCCCCAUGUUUCAAAUAGCUUGGACCUUUUUCUCAAUUUGUACUGGCUUUGUGUAUUUCCAGGAAUAUCAGGUAUUAAAUGCCUUGAGGACUGUGAUGUUUAUUCUCGGAAUGAUUUCAGUAUUCAUAGGAAUUACAUUGCUGGCGCCUGAUGAAUCAAAAGGGGGAGAAGUCAUGGAUAUUCCCGUAUCAUCAAAGGUCAACACUGAUGUAGAAAGGUUGAUUGAAGACUCACCGACCAAUGAUAUGAAGUCGCUUGCAAGAGCAAUGGCAACAAAAGCCUUGGCUGCGGUUGGUAGAGCAAAGGUUGUGCGAAUAAUAAUUUCAUACAGGAAUGAAAUCAGAAGAUGGAAUAGGAAUAUAGUUUCUUGAUCUUUUUUGAACUUUUUCGGUACAAAGUAAUUGCAUACUGUUGGUGGGUAUGGGAGAUGAUACAAUGCAUUUAUCAUCGGUUCUUGCAAUGCCAAUGGUUUCAUAAAAAAUGACUGGAUUCAGAGGAUUCAAUUCUGAGCGGUCAAAGUUGUCGUUAAGAAGCCCAUCAGGAUGGAAUAGGAUUCCGGUGGUGGCAGAAAGUGUAUAUAUGUUGGAUACUACUUCAAGUGAAGAGGAUUGAUUAGUACAUGAGAUUUAUUGUAUAGUUUCUUGAUUGAAUUUGGAUGUAAAUUUUUGUUUGAUUUUUAAAAUUCUUUUGUUUGUCACAAGGUUAAUGUCAUUAAUAUGGCACCUUGCAUUCUAUAAUUGUAACCUCAAUUGUAUCAUCUGUUAUUCAUUAUCAAUAAAUUACAAAGUUAGCCAAAAA